AUGGACGAAAUCCAUGCCAUGCCCCCAUGGAGAAAAUCCAUGACCUUCCCCCAUUAUCCAUAUCUGCCCAUUGGGCUGGACUACAGCUUUGCUGGCGAUGAGUACCAACUGCCAUUGCCUAUGCUCUUCAAUGCCUCCUUCUCGUCCAUGCUCCCAUUCCCCAUUUGUGUCGACGUUGGCUACAUCUUCCUCAUCAGGCCCUGA